AUGGCGAUGGCCGCAGCUAGUCGGGGGACCGGAGUAAAACUGGCCCUGCGUGAAAUUCGGAUCCACUUAUGCCAGCGCUCUGCCGGCAGCCAGGGCGUCAGGGACUUCAUCGAGAAAAGAUAUGUGGAGCUGAAGAAAACGAACCCCGACCUACCCAUCCUAAUUCGCAAGUGCUCUGAUGUACAACCCAAGCUCUGGGCCUGCUAUGCAUUUGGCCAAAAGAAGAAUGUCUCUUUGAACAACUUCAGUGCUGAUCAGGUAACCAGAGCCGUGGAGAAUGUGAUACGUGGCAAAGCCUGA